CACCCAAACCCCGCUACCCCGCUACCCCGUAGCCUCCGUCAAGAUAGACGGGCGGCAUGUCCACCCCUCGCAGCAGACCGCUCCCCUGGACAUAGAGGAAGGCUCUAAUAUGCCGAAGCCAGACCCUCAGCUCCCGCUCGGUACAUCAUCCACACUGCGCGGCCUCUCCGAGACAUUUUCGUUCCAUGCCUCUCCCGAAUCGUUCAUUACUUCGCGAAUCCUCGACUUCCACAAGGAACACCCGCAACUCGUAGCAUCUCGGACCGUGAUACGGGCUAAGGUGCUCAAUCGUGAUGUUGCCGUCGUCUCGUCGCACGCGCAAAUCAGCCAAGUCCUGCGGGACGAGAGCUCUCAGUACGAAGCAUGCGGUGCGUACAACGAGUUGAUGGCGCCUUUCUUUCCGUCGCCAAAUCUGUUACUGACGGACGGAGCGCAACAUCGACACAUGCGGAAUAUAUGGGAAGCCAAAAUCAGCGCGCUCCGAGCCGAUUCCGUCUCUUUGGUCCAAGAGCUCACAAAACAUCAUUUCGAGGCCGCGCUCUUCGGCUCUGAGGUGGACAUAUAUGAGUGCAUGAAGACACUGUCAUGGAAGAUCCUUCUCGGCGUAUUCCUCCGUCUGGACUUCAGCGACCCACUCUUUACGACCAUCGCAAGCCUGCAAGAAGAUCUUCUGCGUGGUCAGUUUUCCGUGUUUCCAGUCAGCAUCAAUGCUGGCUUCUGGUCUUCACCGCGGAGGAAGGGUGUUGACGCAAAAAAGAAACUACAGGGGUUGAUUCUAGAUCAUCUCGAAUCGAAAAAGAGCGCGUGUCCUUUCUCAGCUCCGGAUAGCAAUGCGCUGGAGGACUUGGCGAAUCACACGCUCUUGAUAACGAGUAGCCUUGCAACCAAGGCCAUGGCGUCUCUGUUGACUGCGCUAUGUCUGAACCUGUACCUGCACGAAGGCAAAGGCGAAGGCGGACAGACAGCAGCAGAGGAAUUACUCAGCCAAAACGACAUCGAGCGGUGUUCAGGUCGACUUCGAUCGAUCCUGCUGGAGACCGAGAGGCUCAGCCCGCCUAUCGUAGGAAUCAUGAGAAGGUCCACAGGCAAUAAUGUCAUCUCUUCUCCAGCAGAGGAGGCGGAUGUGCUAGUGCCCAAAGGAUGGGAUUGCUGGCUAUAUUUCGUUGGCGGAGGUCGCGAUCCGGCGGCUGUUGGCCCUACGUGGGAUCGGUUCGACCCGAGCAGGUAUCAUGAAGAUGGACGCACGCCAGAGGGAACGGCAUUUGGCGCAGGCCCAAAGACGUGCCUAGGUAAGAAUCUGGUGCGUGGAAUGGCGUUGUCUGUGGCUACAACAUGGCUUCGCAUGGGUCUGCGUGUUGAGGGAAAGAUUACUGCGCGUGGAGUUCGAGGAUGGCUGGGAUGGGAGCGGAAUGAUGCUAUAAGGCCAGAAGACUGGGCGGCAGACAUGAAGCAGCUGCCCACGCAAAGGCCGUCGAAACCUGUCAUGGUGCGACUGGUCCGUAGCGAAAAGUAGGGACU